CCCUAUCGCCACGUGAUCAGCGACAAAAGAAAAAGAUGUCUCAAACACCUGUCACAUUAACCGUCGACGCAAUCGACGACCUCAUCUACGACGCCCGCUCCGGCGAUCUAGAGGCCCUCAAGUCAGACCUGGCAGCACUGAGCACCCAGCACAGCUGCCCGCAGGCCUGGAUCGUGGCCUCGGCCUUCGACGCCGAGCCCGAAGAGGAGGGUGGUACUGGAUCGAGCCUGUUGCAUUUCCCCGCCGCGAAUGGUAAUGAGACAAUUUUGAACUUCCUUCUGGGAGUUUUGUCUCAGGGUGAGACCAAGCUUGAGCAGGCGCAGGUUGCGGCUGUUGUUAAUCACCGGAAUCACUCGGGGAAUACACCGCUGCACUGGGCAGCGUUGAAUACGCAUUUGGAGUGCGUGAAGGCGCUUGUUGAGGCUGGGGCUGAUAUCUCCGUUAAGAACGAUGCUGGGUUAGAUGCUGUUUUCCUGGCGGAGAGGGCGGAUUGGUCCACUGAGGAGCAGGGUGAGGAGGAAGGUGAGGAGGCAGAGGCAGAGGUACAGGAGGGUGAGGAGGCUAAAGAGGUGCCCAAGGGGAGACAAGUGGCGGAGUGGUUGUUGAGCUCGGAGAAGGGUGGUGAGUUGGAGAGUGGUGCUAGGGAGAACAAUACUGCCGCUGCUGAAGCGGGAGAAGGAUCUAUGCAGGUUGAUGAGAAAUGAUUUUUACGCUUUUACGGGUUCUUAUAGAUGCGUGUGAAUGUUUAAAUUCAAAAGUUCGUUUUUUUCUUUUUUC